AUGAGCUUUUUCGGGUUCGGACAGACUGCGGAUAUUGAAAUCGUAUUUGAUGAUGCUGACAAACGGAAGGUUGCCGAAGUGAAAACGGAUGAAGGCAAAAAGGAGAAGUUAUUGUUGUACUACGACGGAGAAACCGUUUCGGGCAGAGUAAACGUCACUCUGAGAAAACCCGGAUCGAAACUUGAACACCAAGGUAUCAAGGUCGAACUUAUAGGUCAGAUCGAAUUAUUUUAUGAUAGAGGUAAUCACCAUGAAUUUAUAUCGUUAGUAAAGGAGUUGGCACGCCCUGGUGACCUGUUACAGCAUACCUCGUAUCCAUUCGAGUUCGCCAACGUUGAAAAGCCUUACGAAGUUUAUACGGGCGCUAAUGUCAGACUAAGGUACUUCUUGAGAGCUACGAUAGUCCGCCGUCUCACAGAUGUCGUCAAAGAGGUGGACAUCGCUGUUCACACGCUAUGCAGCUACCCCGACGUAUUAAACUCGAUUAAAAUGGAAGUAGGCAUUGAAGAUUGCCUACACAUAGAAUUUGAGUACAACAAAUCAAAAUACCAUUUGAAGGAUGUAAUUGUUGGUAAAAUCUACUUCCUACUUGUUCGUAUUAAAAUCAAACACAUGGAAAUAUCAAUAAUUAAAAGAGAAACAACAGGUUCUGGGCCUAACACUUUCACAGAGAAUGAAACAGUUGCAAAAUAUGAAAUUAUGGAUGGAGCCCCUGUUAGAGGAGAAAGCAUUCCUAUAAGAGUAUUCUUAGCUGGUUAUGACCUGACACCAACAAUGAGAGAUAUAAACAAUAAGUUUUCAGUGCGGUACUACCUAAAUCUUGUGUUAAUGGACACUGAAGACCGCCGCUACUUUAAACAACAAGAAGUGACCCUAUGGAGGAAGAGUGACAAGUCUAGACUACCCUUACAUAAUGCACAUGUUCCCCAAACACUGUCUCACCCAAGUCAACAAAUGCCAAGACAACUGAGUGCAUCUAGUGAAGACAACUCCAACAGAGCAAUAUCUCCUAACAAUCCCAACAUAAUGCAGAGAUCCAUCUCUCCAUCCAUGAAUGAUGGAGAGAAACAGAAUGGACCUUCUGAGAUGGAGCAGGAACAACCUGAUGUGAUAACUAAUAAACUGUCCAAUACGCACAUUGAAAAUAAUCAGACGGAUGAAGAAGUUGAUGAUGAAUCUGCCCCCAUUUUGGAGAAACAAAUAAUACUGAGAAAUCACCCCUUGCUGAGAAACCUCAAGUGGCAGAGAAACCAGUGA